AUGUGUGAGAAGCACUCCUACUACAAGGACGGCCGAAAGGUCGACAGCCAGGUAGAGCAAUGCUCCAAGGCUGCCCGCCACGGCCCCAAUACUAUCUGCGAGGAUCCCGUAAAGUUUAGACACCCAGACGGCGAGACGCCACGUCGCAGCUCACAGUACCUCUCGCCGGGCUUUCCUCCUUCACCACCCUCAUCUGAUGCAUCCUUUGCGCCUUCGAGCGACGGGGAACGAUCCCACAAGCGCCGCUCUGGAACCUACAUCAAUGGCGAGAAGAUUAGCCGCAGCGGCUCUCGUCGCGAGAAGCGCAGCAGUGCCCACGUUACCUUUGUCGAGCCCUCCACGUCUCCGCGCUCGCCUCUGAACUAUGACACACCAGCUAGCAGCCCUUCGCGGUCACCGACUUACACUUACCAUACUUCAACAUCCUCCGCCUACCCGUCCCACGAUCAAUCACACUAUAGACAUCCCGAGGUGAGGAUGGAAGUCAACCGUCCUCGCCGCAACAGCACUGCUCAAUACGAGCAGAGUACAUCAAAGUCAAAGACCUCUUCGAGCAGCAGCAGCUCCGAGGAGGAGCGCCUGCGCCAACAGCUCAAGCGCGAGGAGAGGAAGAAUGAAGAGACCAAGCGCCAACUCGCAGAGGCCAAGAGACAGGCAGAAGAGGCCGAAAGAAGAGCCGAUGCAGAGCGCAAAGUGCGAAAGGACGCGGAACGUGAGCGAAAGCUCGAGAAAGACAUCAAGCGACAGAAUGCAGCCAUUGACAGCCGUCCCCCGGUUGUGCAAUCGACGGCGGCUCCUGUUUACCGUCGAGGCUCGGUGUCGAUCAAGCAACAGAACACUGCACCCAUUGCCGACCCCUACGUUUCCCACAAAUACUAUGAACGAGAGGAAAGAAGAAGGCGCAAGGAGGAGGAGGAGCAGCAGCAGCAGGCCAGGUUGAGGGCACGCCUGACUCCUCACACCGCCCCGCGAGGUUAUGAUAGACCAACAGUUGUGUACCAUGGACGGGAUACAUAUUAA